AUGGAGCAGCAGGAACAUAAGGCGCCUGGGGGCCACUAUUCUGGCACCAACAGGAUCCCCAACAUCAAGCAAUUCAUGGAGGGCUUGGACAAGGAAAAAAGAGAGCGUGACGCCAAGAUCGAUGCCCAGCUAAAGCAGAACAAAAGCGCCGGAGGCGAGGUCAAGGCUCACCAUGAUGACCAACCCAAAGGAAAUAACCGCCGGACAGUCCGUGACCCAGUCACCGGCAAGGACGUCGAGAUCGAUGAUAUCGGCCCUGAGAUGAUGAAAGCCGUCGAAGAUCCCCAUCUCUUCGUUCCCAACGCCAAUCUCGGCAAGGAUACCACCGUCAAGACAGAAGCUACCCAGUCUGGCGAGGAGUAUCGGCGCAACCAGGAUAUUACAGCACCGCCAGACCCGGUGGAGCCAGGAACGACGAGCGAUGUGCCCAUCCACGGCGAGAAGACCAACGUGCUCUUCCACCCGACCCCGUCCGUGAGCUACGAGCCCAUGUACGCCACCCUGGAGGCCAGGGCAAAUGUCCUCUGCGCAGGAAUCUUCUUCUCCAUCGCUUUCAUUGGCAAGAUCUUAGGUGGUUCGCUCUGGGGUCUGAUCCCUCUGGGGUUCUGUGUUGCCUCGGGCGUGUUCCUCUGGGUCAAAGAUCUUAUCCGCCAGGGCCGAGAUACUGAGUGGUCAAGCGAGCAGCAACGCGGCGAGACUGCGGUCGUAAACCUCAUUCCCGAGUCGGUCGAGUGGAUGAACACCGCGAUCGGUCUGAUCUGGGGAUUGAUCAACCCGGAUAUGUUUGUUGCUGUUGCGGAUACCCUCGAGGACGUAAUGCAAGCUUCGGUACCGGGUGUAAUUGAAAAUGUCAAAGUCAACGAUAUUUCUCAAGGAAGCAACCCCAUCAGAGUGCUGAGCUUGCGUGCUCUGCCGGACAGCCACGUACAGGAUCUGAAGGACGAGAUCCGAAAACAGGACGAGAAGACUAAAGAUCCCCAAGAAUUGGCAGCUGAUGAAGAGGGCGGUGAUUUCUACAACCUCGAGGCAACUAUCGCCUACCACUCACUGCCAUCCGGGGCGGAUGUGUCUUCAAAGGCCAAGAACAUGGGCAUGCAACUGGUCUUCUAUUUGGGUUUGAAGGGUCUAUUUGGAGUCCCAUUUCCCAUCUGGGUCGAACUCAAUGGUCUGGUCUGCACUGCCCGUAUCCGUGUGUCUCUUGCUCCUAAUCCGCCGUUCAUCAAGACACUUAGCGUCACCCUCAUGGGCCUGCCCAAGGUCGAGGCAAGCUGCAUACCAUUGAUCGAAAAGGGCGCGAAUAUCCUCAACCUCCCUCUUAUCUCGAAUUUCGUGAACUGGGCAAUCGCAGCCGCCGCUGGCAUGUACGUUGCCCCCAAGUCCUUGACUCUCGACAUCGGCAAGAUGUUAUCGGGCGACGAUAUUACAAAGGAGACCCAAGCGCUUGGCGUUCUCUUCAUCCGCAUCCACAAGGCGACUGGUCUGUCGAAACAGGACCGCAGAGGCAGCGAGGGCGGCGGUUCGGACCCUUAUAUUUGCGUCGCCUUCUCUAAGUUUGGCAAACCCCAGUACUGUACACGAGUUAUCCAGGAUAACCUUGACCCGAUCUUUUCCGAGUGCGCUGCUCUACUUGUUACCCCGGAUAUUAUCAAGGCAGACGAGCAGCUCUCGCUGGAGCUUUGGGACAGUGAUCGAUCCUCAGCGGACGAUGUGGUUGGGAAGGUCGAAUUGAGUAUUCAGAAGCUCAUUCAGCACCCAGGGAAAAUGUUUCCUCAAAAGUCAACUCUGAGAGGCACAAAAGCGGAAAGCACGAUGCCAGGCACGUUGUCUUGGGAAGUUGGCUUUUUCGGCAAGACCCAAUACCGGAAAGCUCUGCGUACCGACGGCAAGGAUCCCAAUCUCCCCAAGGAGCUACAGGACAAGAAGGAAUUGCAGCAGGAUGUUGGGUCUCUGGAUACUGCCAACGAAGAAGCUGUGGUCCACACGCCCCCUGACCCUCUUUGGCCCAGCGGAAUCGUCAGUAUCGUUGUUCAUCAAAUCGUCAACCUGGAACUGCAGAAUGUCAAGGGAUCUGAAGGCAAGAGGAAGGGGCGGGAAUUUGAGCCUGCCAGGCCCGAAGCAGGAGAUAUUAAGGAAGAGACGGGCAAGAAGCUGCCAAGCUCAUAUUGCACAAUUCUCGUCAAUGACGAGCUGGCAUACAAGACCAGAACUAAGGUCGUUUCUUCGAAGCCCAUUUUUGAAGCUGGAACAGAGCGGUUCAUCCGAGACUGGAGGGCCUCGAUCAUCACCGUCACUGUGCGAGAUUCGCGCAACCGUCAGCACGAUCCGAUCAUUGGAGUGGUCCCUCUGAAAUUGUCCGAUGUUCUAGUGACCAGCAGUCAGAGCACACGUUGGUACCCCCUCGAUGGCGGCAUCGGCUUUGGACGCGUCCGCAUCUCGCUCCUCUUCCGUUCCGUCGACCUCAAGCUGCCACCACAGCAGCUAGGCUUCGGCGAGAUUGGAACUUUUGAAUUCCUCUCAGACACCCUCACUGCCGUAAAUUAUGAUGGCAGUCCCCGCACGAAACUGAAGCUCCGCACCGGAGGUAGUUCAGCUGUGAUCAAGAGCGAGAAAUGCACCAAAGCCGAGGACGGUAGUCUCGUAUGGGAUAUCACGGAGUCUCAAGCUAGGAACAACAAUGAUGGGACUACUACCACAGUGGAAGGUCACAUUCGACUUCCCGUGCGAUAUCGCUACCGCUCACCUGUGUUCUUCGAAUUCCACCCCACUGGGAAACGGCAUACUGAUACUUAUGCAUCUGUGUGGCUGCAGGACCUGGUCGAUCUUGAAGAGAAGGACUUUGACAUUCCCAUUUGGAGGUGUAACAACGGCACACGCCUGAGCCAGAAUUAUAUCACCGAGGCCAACUAUCGGGACGUUCCCAAUCUCAAGAUCGAGGAGAUCGGGCGACUCAGAUUCCGAGGAAGGUUCAAGCCAGGAACUGAUCGUGACCACCUCAAAUUUGUGAGCGACAACGACUCUCGUGAGACGAUCGAGAGCUGGGAGGCGUGCUACGCCGAGGGUGUUAGGAAGGAGCUCGUCGUUGCAGAGGUACCACCCAGCAUACAGAAACUGCAUGAUGCCAGCCUGACUCAAGGGCGCGACGUUCUCGCCCAAGCGGACGAGAAGGACAAGGAGAAGUGGCUCGCCAAGGACGGUACCGACUGGAGCGGAGCCUUCGGUCAAGAUCCCGUCGAGACGAGGGGCAGAAGCGGCGGCGCUGAUGACGGUUCUAACUCCGACGAUGACCAGUACGACGACGAGGACUCGAGCAACCCCGACCUGGGCAUCGCUGACGCCACUACUGACCCUUCCAUCUACAGCGGUGGGGAUGCCAACGGCGACCAGUCCAGCGUGGCAGACACCCGCCAGUCCGUCGACAGUGGUCAUGGCAGUGUGCUGUCGGAUCAAACGACCAAGAGCAGCGGCGGCAAGUCUAGUAGCAGCAAGAACCCCAUCAAGGCGCUUAAGGACUACAACUCGCGGAGCAGGGAUCUGCACCGUCAGCAUCGGGGCUUGAUGCAAUGGAAACCCAUGCGUAAUGUUCAAUUUGCCAAAGACGAGGCCACUUACGCAGUUCGUCGACUCACAAAGGUUGGAUCUCUGAGCGGCCGGAAGCCUGACGUGGAGACGGAGGUCAUCUGGUUUCGGUUGUCACGGGUCGCAUAG